GUGUAUCAACGAAGUCUUCCGUGCGGAACUUAAUCUUCUUCUUCCUUGGACAGCAGAAGCACAUUACUUCUAAGCAUUUUCCGCUGGCCGAAAACGCUACAUUGUUGCUCGCGAAGCAUCCGAAGAACUUUCCUUCUCAUUGGAACACAAAGAGCGAUAAUAAAUAUAGCGCACGCGAGUCAAAGGAGAAACGAAAAAAGAAUAUAAAUUAAGAAGUAAACCCACGUGCAAAUAAAAACGCAAACGUGUGUACGCACAAAAAAGCUCAAUACUCGGUAAAACCCGAGGUAUUACAAAUUGAAGAACAAAUCGUACGCGAAAAAUUAUAGCAAUAAUAACAAUUAGCGAUUAAUCGCAGUUGAUGUAAAUUUUAUUUUUUAUUUCAAACGAGAAACAAUACGUUUACAUAGAUUGAGAACCAGAACGAAUCGAGUUUAUGUACUCUGCAUUAGCAAUAGUUCCUUCUGUCCGUAAUCAUUUAGUGCUCAAGUUGUUUACAUUUGUACAAUAUAAAGUAGAAAUCCGGUUUUCCAUUUUAAAACUAUAAUCUCAUAUAAUUUCGUUAUCAUCACACAUAAUAUAUAAAUAUAUAUGUGCUGACGAUAAAUUAUAUUUUCGCCACUCCCACGGUAUCGUCAUCACGCACAACAGUCAUGCCCCGGUGCUACAUGGUGAAGAAACUUGGACCGAAAUUAAUGCAACAUCAGUCGAUGAUGGACCUGGACGAGUGCAGUUCUAGAUCCGGCACAGAGUCUCCGCCGCCGUUCACCGAUCCCACGUCCGUCAAACUAUACAAACCGCUGGAGUCCGUCACCAUGUCCAAACAUAAAGAUUAUUUGAAGUAUUGCUACGAGCUGGAACAAAAACAGAAUUUGUUCAAGGAAAGGAGCAAAGAAGAAACAGAAGCCGCCCACGAUUUGCUUGAACUUUCCAGAUCGUUGCCACCGCUUCCACCGCCGAGCGUUGUCACGUUGGCCGCGCCAACACCGCCCGAGACGCCCCUGCAGACCUCGAGGAGCAGUGACGGUGCGCCACUGUCGCCCCAGUUCGUCUACGUAUCCGCUGCUGUGUCGACCGGACCGCUGACGCCUCCGGCCUCCGAGUACUCAUCGGACGCAGAGAACACGCCGGCCGACGCCCUCGUGGGACCAGGACGUUCGGCCGCGGCCGCCCAGACUGCCACCGCCGCUGCUGUGGCCACUUCUACGGCCACCGCUGCCACGUAUAGUCUAAUCGACUACGUGAUCGAGCGGGGCGGUAACGCGCAUGAUCCGCUGCAGCAGAAAGAUUUGAAUGCCAAACUCAGGACUUCCAGCUCCUCCGGGCACCGCGGCGGCGGCAGGUCGUCAACUGCCACGGCGACUUCGACGCACGCGGUUAUCGGCGGAUGCAAUUCUGGAGACAAGGCUCGGUACACGUGCACGGACUGCGGCAAGCACUACGCGACGUCUUCGAACCUGUCGCGGCACAAGCAGACGCACCGGAGCCUGGACUCGCAGUCGGCGAAGCGGUGCAACGUGUGCGGCAAGGCGUACGUGAGCAUGCCCGCGCUCGCCAUGCACCUGCUCACGCACAAGCUGUCGCACGCGUGCGGCGUGUGCGGCAAGAUGUUUAGCCGGCCGUGGCUGCUGCAGGGACACCUGCGGUCGCACACCGGCGAGAAGCCGUACACGUGCGCGCAGUGCGGCAAAGCGUUCGCGGACCGGUCCAACCUGCGCGCGCACAUGAUGACCCAUUCCGGGGACAAGAACUUCGCGUGCCACUGGUGCCGCAAGUCGUUCGCGCUCAAGUCGUACCUGAACAAGCACCUGGAGGCCGGUUGCGCGCCAGCCACCACUACCUCCAACGCUGCGGCCACCACCGCCACCGCUUCGGCCACCACCGCGGCCACCAAGACCGCGACCGCCACCGCCGCGACCAAGUCGUCUUCGUCCUCGUCGUCCUCGUCGUCCACGUCGUCCGCGUCGUCGUCGUCGUCGUCGUUGUCCUCUUCGUCCUCGUCGUCCUCGUCGUCCUCGUCCUCGUCGUCGUCCUCGUCGUCGUUCGCGGACGAAUACGGUACCGACGACGAAUAACGUUACGCGGCGCAGCAGAUGACCACCCGGCGAACGUCAGUUAUCCGUUUCGCCGCCGUGGCCGCUGCCGCAGCCGUUCGCUCGUCGUCGCCGUCGUCGUCGCCGUUGUAGGGCCACCGUCGACCCGUGACGGGGACGGGUUUUCCCUCGUCUCCACUGUUCCCCCUACCCCAUCCCGUUUCCGGUGCUUUGCUGUUUCACCCCACGCCCUGUACGGACGUGCGAACCCGUCGGCGAAGAGAUUUUCGGACGGCGACAGGAACGACCGGUGCCCUAUCGAAAAACGUAAGGAUUUUUUCUGUACCCCCCCCCUCCAAUUUCCAUUGCCCAAAACCAGACAUGGAACAGACAACUGUGACACCAAUAUUAUAAUUAUGUACGCCAUACGUAUAACAUGUACGUAUAUCAUACAUUUUACCGCACGGGCAUACAAAUUACACGUAUUUAUAAGAUAACAUUACAUUAUAUAGUUUUCGAUCUACGCAUACAUAAUUAUAAACUUUUAGAGUUAAGUUUUAUCGUAAAAUUAGUUUUUAAGCGUAUUUUUUAUUAGACCAUCGGACACCUGUUAGGUGUACGUGUAGUAACGUAAGAAGAUGCAAUAUUAUUAUUAAUUAUUUUAACUAUUAGGUGUAUAUAUAACAAUAUUCUUAUCGAACGCAGUGCCUAGAAAUACUUACCGGUAGUGUGUAUACAAACAAGCAAUAUUAGAGGGGGAUCCGCCGCGACAAGCGUUACGGUUCGUCAACAUAAUAUAUUAUUAUUACGUAAAAUAUUUAUAUUUUUAGAGAAACAUUUGAUCUUUAUGUUUUUUCGGGUCCAUUUUAUCACGAUACCAUUAGAUAAUCAUAAUUGUUUUCUAUUUCUCUCCGUGCAAAUCGGCAGUGAACUUUCAUUCCAUUAUGAUUUCGAUUUCUUAUUAUACAUAGCCAACGCGACUAGUAUAAUACGUUGAAUAGAAAUAAUGAACAAAACACAAAUAGUUACGCAGCUUUUUUCGGUCUCUCUUUCUGGACAUUAACUAUUCGAUUCUUUGAUAAAAAUUUUAACAGUAUUACUACUUAGUUUAUAUUUUCAGGAAAUCAUUUGCUCAAUAACACGGUGUAAUCAAAUUACGUAACCCAAAAUAUGUUUUUAUACGCUCGAAAAUCGUUCAAAACCCAUACAUGCUUAACAGCUGAAAUCCGAAGUACUUCCGUUUUACACGCGUAUCAGAUUAUUUUUUUUUUUUUGUAAAAAUGUUUUUAGUUUUUUCGUAUCCAAGAAAAAUUUCCAUUUUCGAUCGUUUUGAAUUUUAUUAUAAUUAUUUAACUUUUUGGGUAUCAAUUUCACAAACCAAUACAAAUUAAUUACGUACAAAUAUUUUAUUAGGGUAUCUCAUAUUUUUAUUAUUAUUACUAUAAUUUGUACUAUUAUAUUAUUACGAAAAUCAAAAUAGGAUUGAAUAAUAUAUUAGCAGGCUGUGAUUUUCGAUUUAUACAUGUGUAUUUUAAACUGAUGGUGUAUUAUCGAAAUCGAUAUUUAUUUUUACGAAAAUUCAUACCAAGAGAAAAAAAAUUAUCUCUGUAGCGAAAAUUUACAUUUUAGGGAUAUUGAGUACGAUAUAGAGAGUCUGAGUUUUAUCGUUUUUUAUUUAAAUCUGACCAAAGGCUGAGUAUUGAAAUAUAAUUAAAAAAUUCGUUUUUUUUUUAUUUUUAUUCAAAUAAAACUCCCAAAACAAGUAUAUAUAUAUAUAUAUAUUAUAUAUACGUGGGUAGAUAGUUAUAGGUGGUAGAUAUCGAAUUUAUACGUAACGAGUUUAUACAGCAAUAUUUUUUUAACCUUAAAUUCAGUUGUGAUAUAUUCAAUAGUGGUAGCUAUGAAAAAAUGGAAAAUGUUAUCGCUUUGACGCUUAGGAAGUUUUUUCGUUUGGGUCAAUGUUUGUUAAAACGUUAGACGGAAUGCUGUGUCAAAGACAAGAAAUAAAAAAAUCAGCUUAGUUUAAUAUCACUCGCGUGAGCCAAAGAAAAUGAUAUUUUUUCUCCACACACUGUUUAAUCCUACUGUAGGUCACGUAUAGGUACACUUAUAUUACACUUUAGUGGAUGCUUAUAAAACUAGAGUUAGUUAGAAUUGCGCUUCGUCUCGUGUGUACCAAACGUUCCGAUCUGUUUCUCAACCGCAUCGUGUUCGUUUUUAAUAGAAACAUUUUUUUUUUUUAAUAUAAUUUUUUGACACGCAAUCACGUACAUGUGCUAUAUGCGACGUCUUGUCGCCAGCGAAUCCCUGUUGACCGCUAAAAUUCUCACGAAAUCCAAUCAAUACGGGCGUAUCCUUCGGUUUCCAUCCACGAUAGCUGCUGCAAUACGGAUGACUGUAUAAUAAUGAUAUACCAUUCCCAUGUCAUGACUCGAGAACAUACCGCGUCGAACAAAAAGAAAAACCGCAACCAUCCUCAUCGAACUGUAUUUUUACGUCGGUCGAUAUUAAAAAUACUUGUACACUGUGGACCGAACGGGAGAUUUUAUUUUUCCAUAUCAAAAAAAAAAAAAAAAAAAAACCGCUCCACACAUUU